AACCAUUACAAAAUUAUUUACUUCAGUUAUCACAGCCACGGACAAUAUACAUAAAAAGAUUUAUAUACUUCUAAUUGGCUUCAUCAAGAGGAGUCGCCAAACCUAAAUUCAUGUAUUUUAAAAUGUUUUUGAGAAGCAUACCAAAUACAACACGAAACAACGAAAAUAAGAAAGACGAGGACUAGGCGCUCAAAUCGAGACACCCACUCCGGCCAUGUUUUCCAACGCCGGCAGCUCCGUUUUGUUUGCCGGCGUCAUCGUCUCUCUCCUCUUUUGUGUUACUUUGUCUCUCUUUCGUUUUGUUUGACCUUUCUUCUCCAGAAAUUUCUUGUCCUUUUGGGAUUCAUGAGUUCUUCCGCCGUCGCUCUGUCCGUAAGAUGUUGCAACUGCCGUCUCAGUAUCCUCUGGGUCCUGCUUCUCAUUUGUAGCCUUCCUCCAUCUCUUAUGACUGCAUUGACAUCAGAUCUGGCUCAGAUUCGUUUUUCACAUAAACUCCAUUGGCCAGAUCUGAAGAUUCUGCGACGAGCGCCACCUUCGUCGUCCUCUUGGACGAUGACCUUUCUCCCUUUAGGGAUGAUCUAUUCUAACUGGAUUUGGUGUGAGCGAGAGCUCCAUACAGUUGCUCUUCAUCUACCGCUUGACAGAUCUGUGAAGCUCUACGACUCAGAACACCACUUCCUUUUCAAUCCGGUGAGAAGCCCCCCGCUAGAAGAUACACUUACCAGUCUUUGCUCACCGCAAACAUUGUUCACAUAUGCCCUUCCUGGUAUUUUCUCUCUCAUGUCCAGCUUGUUAGAUUUUGAUGACCAGCGGGUCUGUUUGGGCUCCAUGACAACUCUCUGGAUCCGACGCGGUAACGUUGGAGUCCGAAGUUUCUGUUUGAACCCAACUCCUGGUUACUCAGCAAAUCUAGCCAAGCUCAUAUUUCAGGAGUUUGUUAUAAGGGCUAACAGAUCUUCAUUGCUGGAUUUAACACUUUUGUGUCUACCUGUCACUGCUGUAUGCGUCCAGAAACCAUCAUAUCUCGUAGACUCAGCUUUCUUGUGCUCUUCAUGGUCAAGAAGAAAUAUUUAUUCAAAGUUGGAAGGUCCAUCAAUGGAGCCUUGCAAAUUGGGAUUAGAACUACAGAGUUAUCUCUAUGGUGCAAUCGUUGGUGUUAACCCACAGAAUUCAAGCCAAAGUCAUCAUCAAUCAUUACCUCCAACACGUGCAAAUGUCAUCACAAGAUUAAAUCUAAAGUGGAGUUUACCAAAGCUUGAAGAUUGCAGCUCUUUAGGCUUUUGUUUACAUAAAAGCCUAACCAAAUUUCCUCAUGUCCAGGGCCAUGAGAGAUCCUUUCCCCAUGUCCUCCUCCUUGUAGGAGAGAAUUUUACCAUCAAAACUCCUCUCCAUGAGAGUUAUUUUUCUCUGGACUUAAAAACCUUAGAGUAUUAUCGUUUUCUUAACCGUUUAGUAUCUUGUGUAAUGGUCCGCAUGGGAUCGGAAGAUACAACGGGACUCAUGUCAAUGAGAACCGAGGUUUUAGAGCGUCCAAAGUCACAAUUUACAGUGACCAUUCUCAAGUUAGAAGAGUUAGAAGAGCGAUAUAUCUUUCUAUGGAUAUUACUCGCGCGCACCUUCGAGAAUACUUCCAACGCCUUAUCAAACUUUCUUAAGUUUGUGUAUCUAUCUGUAUGUUGCUUUGUUUGGUUUGCUUUUCAAAUUUCAGAACGGAUUGCACAUCAUAUGUCGGAUGUUGCAUUAACAUUUGUAAUCGUUUUAAGAUUAUCAAUGAAAAAUCAUGUUGACAAAAAAAAAAGACGAGGAAUAAAAGAAAAUAACAAUAAAAAUGGGGCACAAUCGCAUAAAGAUCUGAUACCUUAGGGGCUUUAGUGCUAUUAACUAAAAGAUGCGAACUAAAAUAGGGAGUAUUAAUUAGAGAUUAACCUACAAAUCUUAUUGGGUCUCUUAAUGAAUAUUUUACUAAUUAAAUAUAAUUAAGAACUUUGUUUAAGAAACACUUUGAUGCAUACCCUCCAAUAGUAAUUUCUUAUUUUAGGGGUUCUUAAACAAAUGUUAUUUUUUGCUGCUUAAAAAAAACAAGACCAAAACUACGAAGCAAAACAUUCAAGACCAAACAAAAACAAUCACCAAUCUCAUCCUCUACUUUUCCUGUUAAAACAAAAACAAUCAACCAACACACACAAACCAAUCCCACCUGAGAUCAGUAUAUCACAACUAAACAUAGCCACAAAAAAAUCGAAGCUUUCAACCAGAGAUGAGUAAACAAGUACACACUUUCAAUGAGCAUAGAGACACAAAGAUCAAAACUUUCUGAAUCUCAACCACAACAUAUUAUACAAACCAAUAAACUCUUCUCCUACAAUAUACACAAUGAGAAUAUUUUACCUUCUCAUCGUCUAUACUUUCCACCAUCACAAGGUUAGGCACUCCUGCUGAUCAAACAAGCAAAUAAACCAAAGAAUCAAGACCAGAACAUAUCAAACACAUACAUAGAAACUCGGUAUUACACUCGAAUUCAGACCAAUUCAGUAUAAACGAAUUCACCGAACUCAGCUUAGUAUAUCAAUGUAAACGUCAAGUAGUCUCAAAACCAACAAACGAGCAACAACACUUACUUAGCAAAGGCUUCACUUUGUUGCUCUGCAGAUUCCCAAUGAAAUGCCACUCUAUAUCUCCAGGAAGCUUCAAUUUCAAAUCACAAAAAUAAAAAAGAUGAUCAAACUUUUCUAAAUCCAAAAGAUUCAAACUUUCAAACGGAUUCGAACCAGUGGGACCUUCUCAAUGAUCUCCUGUGCUUUCACCUUAGCUGUUUGAAGCUUGUUCAACCUCAGCUUCUCUUUCCGACAAAAAGAAAAGGAGAAGAAUAAGGUUUUGUCGUUUUUAUUUUUUCCGACUAAUUUUUAAAGGUUUUUGGUUUUGUCGUUUUAACCCCCAAACUUGAGAACUAGGGUUUCUAAUGGCUUCCUCAGAUUACGAGAUCAUCACUGACCCGUGCAGUAUGUAUGUCCCUGGACAAGAGCCCGAGGGUAUGAAGCUUAUGUUGGAGAAGAUUCGAGGGAAGCGUGACAAACGGAUUCACAAUCACACACAAGCUGAGGAGCAUCGUAUCAUCAACGAACAGAUCGUGAAGAGUCAGGGCUUUGAUGUUGAUUUCUCCAAGUUGCGAUACCUUUUCGAUUUCCAGCCUGCGUUUCUCGAUGAUUGCGAUAGCGAUACCGGCAGGGACUAUUUCGGUAGGAAGCUAUUGAGUGUUACAACAAAACAGAGGGGACUAGUUUUGAGUUCGUCGAGGUUGAGGAAGCAAAUAUAUACUCGAACAGCGGGAGGUCUUCUUCAUCACAUUUGUAGCCAAAGAUCCGCUUGACCAGACAUAAGUGUUUCAAGCUAAGGUCAUCCAUGUUUUCUGUAGGAAGAUUGUACACAGCUUCUGUAGGCUUAAACCCAACCAAGAAGUAACAUUUGAUGAUAAAGAGUCUUUUGCGAAGAAAGCGUCCAUUACAAGAAGAAAAAAAGAAAAGAAAGCAUGGUUGAAAAUUAAACCAGGGUGUAAUAAUUCAAACCUAAAAGUUGAUGGUUUGAGCCUCGGUGAUAAGCAAGCAGCCCAGCCCAAGAGCAAAGAACAACGGUCAUCAGCAGCUACUUAUAAAAACAGAGGAGAAGGAGAUGAGUACAAGCAAAGGACGAUGAGUGAGCUUCGAAAUCCAUUCUCUGCCCUUUCUUCAUUUGACUUAUCAGGAUGAUGCCAUCUAUAUACUAUAUCUAGGGUUUUAGGCUUAUCAUAUAAGUUAUGUGGAAUCAAUGGCGACUGUAAGAACUCGAGAGAGUUAAAAGAAAUCAAGAAGAUGAAGAGUGAAUCUAUUAUGAUCGUAUUCAACUUAUGUUGGCAGUAACAUGUGACGAUGAAGAUUCCAUUGCGA